UGUAAUGUACAUUCUUUGGAGAUUAGACUCCAUCAUUAUGAAAUGAUAUUUUUAAGAAGGGUAGAAAGCCUGAAGAUGAUCCCCCGAUGGACUCUAGACACUGAUGGUGGUGUGAGGAGCCCGAAAACCGAACCGAGGAGCUGACGGCAGUGCCUGCCGGAGGAGGAACAAGGAGACGUGCAAGAUGAAGACCAGAGGAGCAAGGGGAGGAGGAGGAGGGUUGUGCUCUUAGCCUGAAAUGACAACUGAGCAGCAGAGAGAGACAUGUUCAGAACAGGGAUGUCAUUCUGUGAUGGCUCGUGAAAUUCAAGGCCACUUCUGAUUGGUUAACAUGAAAGUGAACGCCUCUAACAGCUGUUCAGAUUAGAAGAGAGAGAAAAGUGAUUAGGUUUAGAAGUCUUCCUGCAAGAAUUUACACUAAGCUCUAUUAACAAAUCUACCCGUCUUGGAAGACCACAUUUAAAUGUUCCGUUUAAUCGUGAAUCAUGAUAAGAUUCUGAGAAUAACGGAACUUCUACAGGAAGCGAUUUAAAAAAAUAAAUUUCCCCAGUUCCUUUUGGGCACCUUACCAUUUUGUCAUUGCAUUUCAUCAUUGCACCUUUCUUGGUAAGAUGAGUAGGUUAGAAGAUUCUAAAAUUAAUGCAAGGAAAUGACCUCUAAAGACAUAUUUCCUCAUUCACUUCAACUGUUCUCUGCACCAUAGCGUACUUGCUUCAAAGUACUUGCUGCUUUUAGGGAGACAGAAUGAACAACACCUCUUGUCAUCACAUCAACUUUGAGUUUACAGGCCGAUUCCUGCCUCCUGUUUACAUCUUAGUCUUCAUCAUUGGUCUGGUAGCUAAUGGAUGGGGAUUGAAGUCUUUGCUGCACAACUGGAAGAAACUAAAGAUCAUCAAUGUUUUUGUUCUCAAUCUCGGACUUGCUGAUAUUCUGUACCUGUUCACACUCCCAUUGUUGAUGGUGUACCAUGUUUUAAAUAGUAAAUGGAUCUUUGGAGACACAUUGUGCAAGAUAACACGAUUCUGCUUCAACCUGAAUUUAUAUGGCAGCAUCGGAUUCCUUACUUGUAUAAGUGUGUACAGGUACCUGGCUAUUGUCCAUCCAAUGAGAGUGAUGGGAAGAUUAACUCUGACUCACUCUGUGGGGAUCUCAGUCAUGGUUUGGUUUUUAGUCAGCGUUCAAAGUCUUCCAGACAUGUUCUACCUCAAAACAUUUGGAAACAACACUGAGCAAUGCUUCGAGACCACCUCUCACAUCUAUGUGGAUGAUUACCUGAAAUACAGCCUUGGAUGGACAUUCACUGGGUUUUGUAUCCCAUUGCUCAUCACACUGGGCUGCUAUGGACAUGUGAUUGUCGUUCUCUGCCGCACAAAUACCACUGACAAGGUACUGAAACAGAGAAGUUUGAAGUUGUUGUUCAUUGUGAUUCUUCUCUUCUCUGUUUGUUACAUCCCCUAUCAUGUACUGAAGAACCUAAACCUCUGGUCAAGAGUUCUGCAAAAACAGAAGAUAUGCCGUGAAUGGUCUAAUAGAGUCUACAUUGCUCAUCAGAUAAGUCGUGGCCUUGUGUGUCUGAACAGUGUUCUCAACCCUCUGGUUUACCUCCAUGGAAAUGAAGAUAUUCCUGCUCAGCUCAGACAACUGCUCCAGCAAGCUCGUCGGAUGUUCAGCCGUCCGCCUCCAGCAAACUCGGCUGGUGUGCCAAUGGCACAAAUCACAGAUGGAGGUUAUAGAACAUGUUAAAACAUUUUACUGUAUAUGUCAUUAUUUUCUAUCUAUUGCCACAUCUAUAAUUACAUUUAUAUUUGUGCUAUGCCAGGGGUCUCCAACGUUUUUUAGGCCAAGGACCCCUUAACUUACAGAGAAACGGAGAAGGGACCCCUACUACAAAUAUUGUAUACAAUUCAGUAUAAAAGUUGCAUAUUAAACUGGGCUUACACUUACAUGUGGGUGGCCCAAAGCCUUUAAACAUACAUACACAAUUUUAGUGCAUAGAUUACCAAGCUAUUAAAUAAUUGUUGGCAUGAUUUUAUAAAUUAUGUUUUAAUGUUAAAAAUACAUAUGGCACAGUGAAUCCUUAGGAUUGACUUGGGCCAGUAAGCCUGUAAUCAAUGUGGGGUUUUUUUUUCA